AUGUCUAUUCAAAUUCCAUCUAGAGCUCACCCAAUAAGAACAAUCAGGAUACCAAACCCCACUCGAAAACUCCCAAAUCACAUUUCUCCUUGUCUGAAAACCGUUGAAUCGAGUCGAGCAACCAUUCUAGAAGCUUCCAGACAGUUCCCAUCCGACUCGCCAUCAGAAACAACCGUAACAAGCAUACCUUCCAAUCCCAAAGCAUGCAUUCUCUAG